AUGUUUCGAGGGGCGGUGUGGCUCUUGGCAGGUCGAGGCUCUCUGGGCCGGGGGCUAAGCACACGCAGUGGAGGCUGGACUCCGGACUGGACCGAAAAGGUGUCUGAAAUUAAGAAGAAGAUCCAGUCAGCUCUUCCUGGAGGGGCCUGGCAUCCACUGUAUGACACCAGCCACCUGCCCCCUGAACACUCGGACGUCGUGAUUGUGGGGGGUGGGGUGCUUGGCCUGUCCGUGGCCUAUUGGCUGAAGAGGUUGGAGAGGCCACAGGGUGCCAUUAAGGUGCUGGUGGUGGAUCGGGACCACACGUAUUCCCAGGCCUCUACCGGGCUCUCCGUGGGCGGGAUCCGCCAGCAGUUCUCGCUGCCUGAGAACAUCCAGCUCUCCCUCUUCUCAGUGGACUUCCUACGGAACAUCAAUGAGUACCUGGCAGUCGUUAAUGACCCUCCCCUGGACGUCCAGUUCAACCCCUCAGGCUACCUUUUCCUGGCCUCGGAAAAGGGUGCUGCAAUCAUGGAGAACAACGUGAAAGUGCAGAGGCAGGAAGGAGCCAAAGUGUGUCUGAUGACUCCGGAGCAGCUGCGGAACAAGUUUCCCUGGAUCAACACAGACGGCGUGGCCUUGGCGUCUUACGGGUUGGAGGGUGAAGGCUGGUUUGACCCCUGGUGUCUGCUCCAGGGGCUCCGGCGAAAGGUCCAGUCCUUCGGGGUCCAUUUCUCGCAGGGAGAGGUGACACGUUUCAUCACUUCCUCUAGCGACAUGCAGACCACGAGUGGGAAAGGGGUGACUAUGAAAAGGAUCCAUGAAGUCCAUGUGAAGAUGGACCACAGCCUGGAGUACCAGCCUGUGGAAUGUGCCCUCGUGAUCAAUGCCGCAGGGGCCUGGUCCGGGCAAGUAGCAGAGCUGGCUGGGAUUGGGAAGGGGCCACCGGGCACCCUCGAGGGCACCAAGCUACCUGUGGAGCCGAGGAAAAGGUACGUGUACUUAUGGCACUGCCCCGAGGGCCCGGGCCUGGAGACCCCGUUCGUGGCAGACACCAGUGGAGCUUACUUCCGCCGGGAAGGAUUAGGCCACAACUACUUGGGUGGCUGCAGCCCCACCGAGGAAGAGGAACCGGACCCGGGGAACCUGGAAGUGGACCAUGAUUUCUUCCAGAACAAGGUGUGGCCCCCUUUGGCCCACAGAGUACCAGCUUUUCAGUGUCUGAAGGUUCGGAGCGCUUGGGCCGGCUACUACGACUACAACACCUUUGACCAGAACGGCGUGGUGGGCCCCCACCCCCUGGUCUCCAACAUGUACUUUGCCACAGGCUUCAGCGGCCACGGGCUCCAGCAGGCCCCCGCCGUGGGGCGAGCUGUGGCCGAGAUGGUGCUGGAGGGCCAGUUCCGGACUAUCGACCUGAGCUCCUUCCUCUUCAGCCGCUUCUAUCUGGGGGAGAAGGUGGAAGAGCGCAACAUCAUCUGA